GAGGGAAUUGACUGUGCCGUAGCAUCUAGAACUACAAGUUGUCUUCUAGUAUUAUUAAAAAUAAAGACAUUAAACUGAAUUAGCUCGACAGGAUUGAGAUGUUACAGUUUAGGGCUUCAGUUGUGCUGAAGGAGUUGAUUCAAACCAGCCCAAAGCGUUCGUUUUCUGACAUUAUAAGGCAUAAGAAGACUUUACCAAACGCGUACUUCUACAGCGCUGCUUAUCAGGAUGGCAGAAUAUCUCAAUUAAAGACUGUCUGUAGUGGAAGACCUUUCAUUCAGCCUUUAGCUGGGAUAAGAUGUUUAUGUACAAAGACCGAAGGAGCGACUGACCCUGCAGAACCAGUGAAGAAAGAUGAGUCCGUUCAGGAAGCGACGGCAGAUAAGAGAAGGAAGGCUGGCAUCCUGCCCAGCUUGGAAGACCUGCUGUUUUACAGUAUUGCCGAAGGCCAGGAGAGGAUCCCAGCUCACAAAUUCAUUACCGCACUGAAGGCCACUGGACUUCGAACAGGAGAUCCACGGCUGAAAGAGUGUAUGGACAUGUUGAAAGUCACCCUCAAAUCCACGUCAGAUGGCGUAAUGCUGGACCGGCACCUGUUCAAAAAGUGUGUCCAGAGCAACAUUGUUCUCCUAACACAGGCCUUCCGGAAGAAAUUUGUCAUCCCUGAUUUCCAGCCUUUUGCUUCCCACAUCGAUACACUUUAUGAAAAGGCCAGAAAGCUCUCCGGGGGGCUGGUUGCUGACUACAUUCCCCAACUUGCCAAAUUCAGCCCAGAUCUGUGGGCUGUUUCCCUUUGCACAGUAGAUGGACAAAGACACACAGUGGGUGACACUAAAGUGCCAUUUUGCCUGCAGUCGUGCGUGAAGCCACUCAAGUACGCUAUUGCAGUGCAUGACCACGGCACUGAAUAUGUGCACCAAUUCAUUGGGAAAGAGCCCAGUGGCUUACGCUUCAACAAGCUCUUCCUGAAUGAGGACGAUAAACCCCAUAAUCCAAUGGUGAAUGCUGGUGCAAUCGUGUGUACCUCUCUUAUCAAGCAAGGUGCAGGCAAUGCUGAGAAGUUUGACUAUGUGUUGAACUUCUUGAAGAAGAUGGCUGGAAAUGAAUAUGUUGGUUUCAGCAAUGCCACAUUCCAGUCGGAGCGCGAGUCAGGAGACAGGAAUUUCGCUAUUGGCUACUACCUGAAAGAAAAGAAGUGCUUUCCAACUGGUACAGACAUGACUGCUGUUCUGGACUUGUACUUUCAGCUGUGCUCCAUCGAGGUAACGUGUGAGAGCGCUAGCGUCAUGGCUGCCACACUGGCCAACGGUGGCUUCUGUCCAAUCACAGGCGAGCGUGUGCUGAGCCCCGAGGCUGUGCGAGACACCCUCAGCCUCAUGCACUCGUGCGGCAUGUAUGACUUCUCCGGACAGUUCGCCUUCCAUGUGGGCCUUCCGGCCAAGUCAGGUGUGGCUGGUGGUAUUCUGCUGGUUGUGCCCAAUGUGAUGGGCAUCAUGUGCUGGGCUCCUUCAUUGGACAAACUCGGCAACAGUGUCCGGGGCAUCCAGUUCUGCACGGUAUGCCUCCGUUUCUGCCCACCAUCUGACCAUAAUAACUUAUUUCUAUUCCACAAAGGCUCUUUUCUAUCAUUCCAGGUGAAAUCUGUCAUCAACCUCCUCUUUGCUGCCUACACAGGAGAUGUUUCUGCUCUCAGAAGGUUUGCACUGUCCUCUGUGGACAUGGAGCAGCAGGACUAUGACUCCAGGACGGCGCUGCACAUAGCAGCCGCUGAGGGACAUACUGAGGUUGUGCGUUUUCUGUUAGAGGCCUGCAAGGUGAAUCCUGGUCCCAAGGACAGGUGGGGCAAUACACCUAUAGAUGAGGCGACACACUUUGGUCAUCACGAGGUGCUCGCGCUUCUACAGGAGUACUACAGUAAAUACAACCCACUGGUGAAAGCUGGCGCAGAUAAAGAGAGCACCGAAAAACACCUGGAUGGGAUGCUGGAGAGAUAACCAACUACAGGACACUCUUCUGGAACAGCCCAGUGAAGCACUGCCCCUUCUCAAGAUCAGUGUGCGUGUUUUUUUUGUUUUGUUGAAAACAUGCUUUUUUUGUCAGUACAUUUUUUUUUCUUUUGAAGUUGUCUGACAUUUUUGGCUUGUUCACAGA